UUGGCUCUAACGGUGCAUCGCAACUCAAGAAUAACAACUACACUGCUGUCUCCCCUGCUGCGGGAGCUUCGUUACGACCAUGUCCUCUACGUCCUCGAUAUCAUCUGCGACAUCAUCUGCGACGUCCUCCGCCACUGCUUCUGGUUCAAGCACUACCUUUCAAUUACCCUCAAGCCUCAAAGUCAUCGGAAUAAUACUCGCAGUCGCGAGUGGCUUGUUGAUUGGCUCUAGUUUCGUCUUCAAGAAGAAGGGUUUGUUGCGCUCGCAGGCCGGGCAUGCAGCAGGCGAAGGUGUCGCAUACCUCAAAUCCCCAUUAUGGUGGACGGGCAUGACGAUGAUGAUAUGCGGAGAGUUGUGUAAUUUUGUUGCAUAUGCGUUUGUUGAAGCGCUUGUUGUGACUCCUAUGGGCGCACUAUCUGUUGUAAUAUGUGCCAUCCUAUCUUCCAUCUUUCUCAACGAGAAACUCACCUUCUUCGGAUGGCUGGGUUGUGCCCUCUGUAUUAUCGGUUCCACUAUUAUUGCUCUCAACGGCCCCCAGGAGCAAACACCUGGUGAGAUAGAGCAAUUUAAAAAACUCUUCUUGGCGCCUGGUUUCCUCGGGUAUAUAGCUGCCCUGAUUACCGUCGCCCUCUCUAUCAUCUUUUACUUUGGACCUAAAUAUGGCAAGAACAACAUGCUCUGGUACAUAUCCGUGUGCAGCACUAUCGGCGGCAUCAGUGUGAGUGUCACAACCGGGCUUGGUUCAGCCAUAGUCACCACUGUUAUGGGAGUCAACCAGUUCACAAACUGGUUCAUCUACUUUUUAAUCGCCUUUGUGGCAAUAACACUACUAACGGAAAUUUAUUACCUGAAUAUCGCGCUUGCGCUAUUCAAUACUGCUAUGGUAACGCCCACGUACUACGUUUUAUUUUCAUUUUGUUCAAUGGUCACAACCAUCGUUCUCUUCCAAGGACUCAGCUCCUCUGUCUCGCAAAUUCUCACCCUCGUCCUGGCCUUCCUCACAAUAUGCGUCGGCAUCACGAUUCUCCAAAUGUCCAAGAUCGACCCUGCGCAACUAAAGCUCGACCGGCGAUCUACCAUGCUCCUUCAAGCCUCCCGCGCGCCCACGGAAGGUGCCGAGGAGAAGGGUAUUGCCGGUAUGGAAGACCCCGGCAUCGAGGCGUUGCGCGGCACGUUCGGCACCAUGAGCAGCAUUAUCCGUGCCCGCUCAGCACGGAGGAUGAGCCAAUCAAGCAGGCAGCCGAGCUCCCUUCGGUCGCAUCCAGAGGGUCUACCUUCCUCAUCCACAAAUAACGCGUACGAUGGGUUGACACGUCAUCAGCUCUAUGAUGCCCCUGUACCGCGGCUGUCUGAGACAGAUCGUGCAUCGUCCUUUUCAUCAAGAUCAACGACACCAUACAGCCCUCGGAGAACAGCCAUCAAAUUCGGAUCACAAGAUCUCGUGCAUUCGUACCGCCCGCCAGGUAGCGGAGAUGCGGAUGCAACGCAUGAACACAGGAACGCCGUGCACUCCACGCCACCGAUACAGACAAACUCGUUAUUCUUGUAUCCUCCGCCACCAAGCACCGACACCUCCCCCACGCUUGGUGGUUCGCAGUCGUUAGUUCUGCCACCGCGUGCAAACGAUGAGCCACCAGCACCCACCCUAUCGACAAUGUAUCACAACCCAAUCAAGAGUGAUCCAUUCGAAACCCCAACAACUCCCACGAUGACCGCAUUCCCCUCGUCGUCUGAUGUACUGCCAACUAACUCUCCUCCGCAAAACUACCGGAGCCAGGGGGAUGUACGCCCCACAGAACGCACACGACGCAGUUCUUCAUCGGGCCAGUCGCGACGAUAUCCUAGAGGUUUAGAUGAUGCAGAGGAGAGCAUAAGCCUGUUCGAGCGGGCCUCGCCUGUGCAGGAGAUGUCUGAAGAAGAGAUCGAGAUGUCGCCGCAAGUCCAAGGAAUCAGGCUGGUGAAGCCUGGUUCUAAGACUUGGCUUUGAUGAGGGGUUGUAUGAUCAGAAAUGGACUGGAUUUUUGCUGUUAGACAGCUUGGACAACUGGGAUUGUUGUAUCUAUUUGCAUACCUACUCGCUGCGCGCCUCGAGCUUGUGAGUCCCAGGUGGGGGCAUCAGAUGAGAUGGAUUACACCAUGGUGACACAUAAAUUGCAAACCUUCAGAAUAAGCU